AUGAAGAAAGCAUCACCACUAGCACACAUACGCAAAAAUACAAUACAACAAUAUAUACUAGAUCCAAAAAUGGCUAGAAAAAUUUCGAAAAACUCUAGGGCAGCAAGAAACGGUGAGGUAGCCGAACCAGAAGCUAAAACUCUGGAGUCACUGCCCCGAGUGGGAAAAACUGAUCUAACCAAUAUCCUCAUAAGAACAACGGCUAAGAAUGAAGCUCUGCUAGAAGCCAAAUUGCAGAGGAAAACUAAGAAAAGAGUCGGUAAGAAAAGCUCCGUGAAAUCAGAUAGCUCAGUCAGUGCUGAAAAAUUAGAAAGAGCAUUGAAUAUUACAGGAAGAUUAGAUGGUAAGAUUGCAAAAUCGAUAGACCGUGCGAAGUACAUUCAAAAUGCAAGGAAAGCCGGUUGGGAUAAUACCAACGAAAAGAUCAAAAAAGAGCUUGCGAUACUGCAUAAGAAAGAUCUUGAUCAGGGGAAAGAAAAGACAAAAGAUCUCGACGAAGACCAUAUGAAAGAUUCCAUCGAAAGCGAUGAUCAAGACGAAGAAAAGCCUGGUAAAGUGAAAACCGAAAACCUGUUCAGCAUUCUUCCUGACGAUGUGGAAGUAUGA